AUGGGCGCGGAGGAGGGCAUGGACACGGGCGCGGAUGGGGCCAGAAAGCCUAUUCUAUUGGUUGCAGUGCGCGCCUUCCCCACCGAAGUGGCAGUUCACACAACUACCACCAAGGUAUCCCCCCCACGCAGACGCACUCGGAGAAGUGGCCGUAACCAGCCGCACAGUGCUGCACUGCACCAGCACCAGCUCCCCAACUGUAUACCCAACUGCCGCUUCGAGGUUUUGCAUCCUCGACAAAUUGGGAGGGUCAUUGGAGUCGAGGGCGCGAAAUUCCAAAUGUCGGGCGUCGGGGAGGGCGAUGAGGCUGGCGAGGGCGCGAGAGUGGCGGGGUUCCUCUAA